UCCGUCUCUCACACGCACGCACCAUUGACAUUGGCCAUAUGAGGUGACUUACCUCGAGCACAGGCGUAAACUCAUCCCGAGAGGUAGGUGGUAUAAUACAGCUUCAGCUGUCACAUGAAUUAAAGACUAUUCAAACAAUACUCAAAAGCCAAGCGCUCAAAAACCACGCUCAAGUUCCAUCCUAUCGUACCCUCUCCCUCUAUGAUCCACUCACAACUCCUUCUUCUCCUCCGGAACAUGCUCCCUCUGGAACUUCUUACUAAACACCGUCUGCACAACCCCCUGCACAGCAAAGAACCCAACAGCCCCCGCGACCCCAAGCCCAAAUGUCUUCCACGUCAACUCACCACGCGCAUACUUCUUAUACCCCGUAACCCCCAAAAACGCCAAUCCGAUCGCAUCGACGACGAGUCCGACCAUUGCGUUCGUUUCGCCGAUGUCGCGGUGGAUAACGCGUUUGGCGGAGGCGGCGGAGCGGGAUGCGGUAGUGCGUGCGUCGGAGGCGAGGUCGUGGGCUGCGUGGGUGAGGUUGUGGGCGGCUUUUUCGAUUUUUUGGGCGCCGAUUGCAGCUUUUUCUUCGCCUUCCUCCACGACCUCUCCGAUCUUGUGCUUUACCUCCUGCGCUUUCUCCUCGACAUUCUCCGCAGCAGCCUUCGCAUGCGCUUUCAUCUCCUCCGCCUCCACCCUCGCCCUCUCAGCCGCGGCCUUAAUCGCCUCCUCUUGUUCCUUCUUUGCCUCUUCAGCCAUGCGGUCUUGACGGGCAGCGAUUUCGCGGGCUUCGGAUUGUGUGUUGGUCUGGAUUUCUUGGGUGAGGAAGUCGUGGGGGACAACGGUGACGGAGCCGGAGUCGACGUCGAUUGUGGAUGUGGUUUCUGGGACGUCUUCGGCGAUGACUUCUGGGACGGGGUUCGCCAUUUUUUCUUCGGGGGUUCUGAGGGAUGGUUAGCAUACAUCCCGGUCAAGAGAGGGAAGGGAGAGCUUACUGCUCGGGACCGCGCUUAGCCAUGUCUGCGUAGGAUGCCAUUGCGAGUCGUUGAAGGAGAUGAACAGAGGAGGGUUAGGGAGUUAGGACAAGUGGACGAUCGGAUGUUAAGUACAGCGGCGGGGGU